CGGUGGGGUGGCGUGAGGACUUAGGAAGGUUGAAAACAAGUUGUGUGGCUGCAUUGUGGACCAGUUGCGGAGAUCAGAUGGAGCUCAGAGGCAGACGUGGCAGGAGCGAGGUGCAGUCGUCCAGUCUGGAGAUGACAAGAGACUCACCUAUGGAGAGAAAUGGCCUCCUGAUCCUCCUGAUGUUGUAGAGGCCGUUUUCUGCAUUAGAAAUGUGGUUUAGCAAGUGUUGGUUGUCCAUGGUCUCCCUGGGGUUGUGCGCAGUGUCAGAUGGAGAGAUCUGAGAGCUGUCCAGAGAGAGAGAGAGAGAGAGAGAGAGAGAGAGAGAGAGAGAGAGAGAGAGAGAGACAUCUCAUGGUUAGUACAGAAGCUCAGUCUUGCAGGGGUUUAGUGUGAGAUGAUGAGCUGACAUCCAUGAUGAGAUCUGAGCAGAGCAGUGUCCGGGGGAGGAGAGGAGAGGAUGAGGUGAGUUUCAACAGCAGAGCAGAAUUCAAACCCAUGUGAGGAUACGACCUCACUGAGAGAGUGGGAAGUACAUUAACACCAGUUCAUUAACACUAGUACAUUAACACCAUUACAUUAACAUCAAUAGUUUAAGCACAUUGCAAAUAAGUAAUUACUGUUGUUGUUGUCGUUGUCGUCAGGGAGAAGACAGAUCGUAGUGUUCUCCCUGAUUAUUAUUACAGGUAAGUGUAUUUAUCUGUAACAAUAUGUAUUAGUAUGUACACAGUGAAACGCACGCGCAGAGUGAAACUGGUGUUUCUGCUAGAACAUGAUGAAUGAAUUUCUCUCCGCUGAGGGUCAGUGCACUACACCGAGGAUGAAAUGGCUCCUGUACACUACCUAGUGCACUACUCGUCCAGCAGAGAGCCGAUACGGACACAGCCAUGAAAUCAUGACCCGUUUCUGCUCGCUGUCAGGCUCGAGCCGCUGUGAAUUUUCGCCUGUAGGCGGCGCUCCGGAGCUCAUCAUCGCUAAAACAACAACAACACUUCACCUUCUUUCUUCCUUUGCAGUCGAGAGAGAAGAAAAAAAUGCAGGAGCGCGUUUGAGUCGGUUCCGGAGCGCGUCCGCCGCCAUGUAGCGAAACCGUCGAUCGUCGGCAGGAUGAAAGUUUGAGACGGGAACGGAAAGCGCGUGCUGUUUUCUUUGGUCGGGAGGAGGGAAAAACAUGGCUGUGCGCGAGGAAGGCGAGGUUCCGCACGGUAAAGUCAGGCACGACGGCGGCGCGGAGAGCUUCAGGAACGGCUACGUGAAGAGCUGCGUCACGCCGCUUAAGCAGGACCCGCCGCGGGGGCUUUUCUAUAGCGCGUGCCGCGCGUGCAGCGACUCGGACUCCAGCUCCACCGGGGUUGCGCGCGCCUCCGCCGCCUACGCGGGAGCUUUCGCGGCGCUCGCGGCGUCAUUCUUCCUCUCGCGCCGCUUCCAAAGCGUCGAGUUGCGCGCGCUGCUGUCGGACGUCGCGAGCUCUCUGAGCCCGUUGUUCAGCAUCGGGUGCGCGCACUUCUUCCUCACCUUCUACCUGCGCCGGCGGAAGCGUGAGAGCAGUCGCGGCUGGCUCGUGGCCCUGCCGGUCUCGUGCUACCUGGGGGACUUCGCGGCGCUGCGCUUCCUGCAGUGGGGCUCCGGAGAGCAGGACGACUCCGCCGCUGCCUCGCAUCACGUGCACACGGCGGGCCGCCUGCUGUUCGUGCUCGGUUGCGUGGGCCUGCUCACACUGCUACCGACUCUCAAACUCCGGCACAGCGUGCUCGUGCUGCUUUUCGCCAGCGGCGCGUGGCUGCUCGCGCACACCGGCCUGAGCUGCGUGGCAUCGUGGCUCAGGCCGCUGAUCGCGUGCGCUGCCGCUGUCACGGGCUCUGUGCUCGGCCUCGGGUUCGACCGCUUAUAUCCGCCGAGGGAAACGGCGCACCGGACAUCCGAGGAGCGCGUGCCGGUGGUGAGGCCGCGGCGGAGAUCCAGCUGUGUGUCGCUCGGAGAAACUUCCAGUAGCUACUAUGGCAGCUGGAAAAUGCCGCGCAGACCGUCAUUACCGUGCAUCUCCCGAGAGCAGAUGAUCCUGUGGGACUGGGACCUGAAACAGUGGUCCAAACCUCAGUAUCAGGGUUCAGUGUGUGGGGCAGAUCUCUCUGUGAUUAGUGAUGUGAGGAAUCUGAUCUCAGACCUGCUGCAGGACUCGUCUCUCUCUCCACAUGUCGUGUCGUCAUUGCGCAGCGUCAGCAGUUUGAUCAGCAGCUUCUCGGGCUCCUUCCGGCCGCGUCCCAAUCCGUUCACACCGUUCCCAGGGUUCUACCCCUGUGCUGAGGCAGAGGAUCCGAGUGACCGAGCUGAGAGAAAGCCUGUAAAGGGCCUGAGUAGUAGGAACAGUCUGCCGACUCCUCAACUGAGACGGAGCUCUGCGUCCUCGUCCGUCUCUCCUCUGGAGACGCUCUCGUCCCCUCGCUGGGAGCGCAGUAAUGGAAAAAGAUCUCACGCUGAGCUUAGUGCCAGCAGUCAGGGAUCAUUCUCCAACGGGCCAAACAGCAACCUGCUGACCAUCCCAAAGCAGAGAUCCUCCUCCGUUACGCUCUCCUAUGGUCACACCAUGCCCAGAAGACCAGGUGCGUCUCCGAGUCUGAGUCCACUCAAUUCUCCGAGUCACGGUCCCCCGUCAUGUCCAAGCUCAUCGCUGAUCACUCGGUCUCCGGUGGAGUUUCCUGACACGGCCGACAUCCUCACCAAGCCCAGCGUAAACCUGCACAAAGCACCGGGGUUUUCGCUCAGCUCACUCUGCACCAGUUGUGGGCGACAGAUACUGAAGAGCGUCUCUAAUGCUGAGGUGGGUGACGGUCACAUGACCCCGGGGCCUGACAUGCAGAGAAGGAUAUCAGCUGAGGCGACGGAAUACAGUAGCGAUGGGCUGAUCAGGGAGGAAAGCGGGGAAGUAGAUGCUCAGGGAGAGGAAGCAGGACUGACCGCCAAAGAACGAGCUCAGCGUGAGGAAGAGGAGGAGGAAGAGCAAAGAUCGGGUGUGCAGGAGACUCCAUCUCGUCCUGAGGAAUUCAAGUUAGAUCCCCUGCUUGAGGACCAGGAAGCUCUGUUGGAGAAGCUCAACAACUGGAACUUCCAGAUCUUUGACCUGAUGGAAAGGACGGGAGGGAAGUCAGGACGGAUCCUCAGCUAUGUGGCCUACACUUUGUUCCAGGACACGGGUCUGUUUGAAAUCUUCAAAAUCCCCGUCCGGAAGUUCAUGACGUACUUCUGCGCUCUGGAGAACGGUUACCGAGAUAUACCCUAUCACAAUCGUGUCCAUGCCACAGAUGUCCUUCACGCUGUGUGGUAUCUCACCACCAGACCCAUCCCAGGCUUCCAGCAGAUCCAUAAUGAACAUGUGACAGGAAGUGACACAGACUCAGACAGUGGUAUCUCUCCUGGACGGAUUUCUUAUGCUUUGUCCAAAAGCUCCUCCAUCUCGGAUAAUAGUUACGGCUGCUUGGCCUGGAACGUCCCUGCCCUCGAGCUCAUGGCACUAUAUGUAGCAGCUGCUAUGCACGACUACGAUCACCCAGGUCGCACAAACGCCUUUCUUGUAGCUACUAAUGCCCCUCAGGCGGUGCUGUACAACGAUCGCUCGGUUCUGGAGAACCACCAUGCUGCCGCAGCAUGGAGCCUUUUCCUGUCUCAGCCCGAGUUUAACUUCCUGUCCAACCUGGACCAUGUUGAAUUCAAGCGUUUUCGCUUUCUUGUUAUCGAGGCCAUCCUUGCCACAGACCUGAAGAAGCACUUUGAUUUCUUAGCAGAGUUUAACUCCAAGGUUACAGAUGUGAAUAGCCCAGGUAUCGACUGGACCAGUGAGAACGACAGGUUGCUGGUAUGCCAAGUGUGCAUCAAGCUGGCCGAUAUUAACGGUCCGGCAAAAGAGCGCAGACUUCACUUGAAAUGGACAGAGGGCAUCGUGAAUGAGUUUUAUGAACAGGGAGAUGAGGAGGCUCGCCUCGGAUUACCCAUCAGCCCUUUCAUGGACCGCUCGGCGCCACAGCUGGCCAAGCUGCAGGAGUCCUUUAUCACGCACAUCGUCGGGCCACUGUGCAACUCGUACGACGCCGCUGGCCUCCUCCCAGGUUACUGGGUUGAUGAGGAAGAGGUGGAUGAUGAAGAUGGAGAGGAGGAUGACGCUGAAGACACAGAGACUGACGAUGAAGAUCUUGAUGAAGAGCUUCAGUUAAAGCCGAGGAAAAGCCGCCAGCGUCUGUUCUGCAGCAUUAUGCAGCACCUGACUGACAACCACACGGCGUGGAAGCAGAUCAUCGAGGAAGAGGAGAAGAACUGUGACCUGGGCCUUCAUCAGCAGCAAGAGCAGCAGCAGGCAGAUGCGUUGAGCCUUCCGCCUCCCUCCUCAACCUCAGAUGACAUUCAGGUCAUUGAGGAGGAAACCGAAGAGGAGGAGCGGCAGCAGGAGGGGGAUUGAGUUGAGCCAAUUGGCUAAGAAAAAACUAGGGGAGGGGCCUGAAGCAAACAACUGACUCUUUGCUCUGUCCUCUCCUCCAUCAGAACACAGACACGUGGUCUGAAUCGACACCAGAAGAUUCUGCCAGAUCUCCCGUACUGAAAUGAAUCACUGUGACGCAAACGCAGUUCACAUGGUGUUAAAGAAGAAAAAAAAAUCUUUAAAAAGAAGAAAAAAAAAAGGCCUUACUACUGUGAGAGCAUCCUAUGCACUUUCACCCCAUGGAGGAUGAGGGAAAGAGUUGAAAAAAUACAGAACGAAAUAAUGAACGAAACUCUCCAUGGUUAUUUGGCUGUGAUGCUGCCUUGAAAGCAGAGCUCUUAACUCUCCUGUAGGUACUUAUUACAAUUAUUUAAAAAAAACAACAACAAAAAAAAAAAAAAAAACGGCAGAAGACUUUUAAGUCAUUACUUGUUACCAAAGCGAACAGUUAAAAAUAAAUGAGGCUGAGGCUAUAUCAGGCUCAGUGUCAGGAAUACUCGAGAAGCAUAAUCAAAUGUGCCUGUCUGAACCUUUUUUGGGUUUUUUUUGUUCCCCUGCGUGGUCCUGGUGAUGGACUCCGACCCUCAGCACGACACGUGCAGUUUUCCUCCUCAUGCUGGUGACACGAAAACACUGUAUCAUUGAACUCAGCCACUAGGACUUUAAUAUGGAAACGCUGACAUUUUGACUGAAAAAAACAAACAUGAAUAUUUACGUCUGCAUCAUUUUCAGAUGCUUUUUUUUUCACUCACCUGCCUUUAGUUUUAGUUUCCUUUGUUAUAUAUGUUUGUGUGUUCAUGAGGUUUUUUUUUUUUCUUUCCUCCUCAGGAAUGCAAAGUUGCCAUUUGUUUUUCUGCUUGUAAACUGUUAAAAGCAUUAAGUGUGGAACAGAGAAGAAACACUGUUCUAAUGAAGGGAUCUUACUGCUAUUAUUUCUUUUAUAAGUAAAAAUCACUCUCUCUCUCUCUCUCUCACACACACACACACACACACACACACACACACAUGCGCACACACGCGCACACACUCAGUAUUUGAGCAUUGUCAGAGUUACUGUAAUUUUAACUGUCUACCACGGAAAUUAAAUAUUGAAUAUGUGCUCUGCAUAAUAUUGAAUAUUAAAGUGCAGACUUUGAGAGGAAUUUAAGUUGGCUGGAUGGUGUAGGAAUUCUAUCGCUUUUUAUAGGAGCAAAGAAUUAGACAAAUCGGACAAACUCGUAAAUUAAAUUGUCAUUUUUAAUACUUGGUUAUGAAUCCUUUGGUGUGAAUGACUUCCUGAAAUCUGGGACUCAUAGACGUCACCUGGUGCUGGGUUUCUUCCCUGGUGAUGAUCUGCCAGGUCUGCUGCAUCCGUCUUCACUUCCUGUUUGUUCUGAAAUGCGGCUCAAUCGGAUUCAGGUCAGGUGAUCGACUUGACCGCUGCAGAGCGUUCCACUUCUUCUUUGCCUUAGAAAGCUUUGGGUUGCUUUUGGAGUGUCCUUCAGGUCAUUUUCCAUCUGCAGAGUGAAGCUCCAUCCAUUGAGUUUUGAAGCAUUUAGCUAAAUGUGAGCAGAUAAUAUAUCCCUGUGUACUUCAGAGUUCAUCCUGCUGCUUAUGUCAUGUCAUAUCAGUAUAUACAAGUGAGCUGGUAUACUCCAAAUGCACACUUGAAAUCAACUCUAGACCUUUUCUCUGCUUACUGGUAAGUGAAAUACGGAGGGAAUACCCGACAUCUGGCAAUGGAACAGCUGAGCAGUCAGUUGUCCAAUUACUUUUGGGGGACCACAUAUUAAAAAGUACUGUAAUUCCUACGCUGUUCACCUGAUGUGGAUGUAAAUUAAAGCUGGAAGUCUGUAUUUUGAGCUCAUAUUUAUUGUUUAAUUUCUGUACUGUGGUAGACAUCUAAAAUAAUAACUUUGUUAAUGUCCAAAUACUUAAGGACUUUACUGUAUAUGACACACACACACAUUUCUUUCUUCACGGUUUCUCAGGAUUCAUGCAGACUGAUCGUCCUGUUUGGACAGUUUAAAGUUUAAAGGAAAUCAUUUCAGACGCCUUGUGAGAAGAUCAGACAAUUUUCAGUUCAGAUGUUGGGAAAGACGGGCAUUUGAGGCUUUGUUCUGGUGUUCAGUCACCAGCUCAGCUGAAGUUCAGACAGAUAAAAGUCUAUCAGCUCCCCGAACCCGAAGUAUUAUUGUCUGUUUUGAUACAAAACGGAGUUGGAGAAUGUGAUGAAUAUUUUUGACGUACGUAAUAGGCAAGUUCCUAUUUUAUUUGAACCAUACACGUUCUUUUGUUAAAUCACACCGCGUACACAUAUUUUUUUUCUUUUUUUUAAGUAAUCUUUGCCAAACAUGCAAGCAGGCCAGUGCAUCAAUUUGAAGUGAUCCAGGGUUUCACCUCAAAAAGAAAAGCUGUACACUUUUUUAUAUUUUCAUAUCCUUCACCAUAAGGCAGGUUUAAUACUAAUAGCUCUAUAUAUUUUUCUCUAAAGUGAGAACUCUAGGCAUUCCACUAGAAUAAAGAACAGGAAGGGGAGACUGACAUGCUGCUCUCCUCAUUGCAUUUUGUUUGGAGAGGAAAGUUCUCAAGUAGGCAGUGUACAUCAAGCUAUAUUUAAAGAAAAGAGAAACUAAAAAAAAAAAGAGAGAAACGACCUAUAAAUGUGCACAUUUUACUACCAAACAAGUGUUUAAUCUCUGCACAGAAAGAGUAUCUGCAUAUAUAAAUAUAUAUAAAAUAUAUUAUAUAUUUUUUAAUUAAUCAACUGAAUGCGUCUGUUUUAUACAUACAGCUGACAUUGUACAUUAAGAAUCUGUAAUUAUCAUCCUGUUUCCAGAGUUUUUAAUCUAAUACUAUUUACAGAUGUGGAUAUGUUUGGGUGUGGUGUUACUAUUUUAAUAAUAAUUUGGGGUGCGUUGUCUGUGUGUUUCUGUGCAUAACCACUCUGCUGAGAACCUUUUUCCCUCUAAAGCUAGAUGCUGUGAGUCAGCUAGCUGCAGUGCCAAACGCCCCCUCGUCUCCUCGCUCAUAUAUUCUCUCUCACUCAUAUAUUCUCUCUCGCUCACAGUCUCUCUCUCAUAGUCUCUCUCUCUCUCUCUCUCUCUCUCUCUCAUAUUCUCUCUUUCUCAUAGUCUCUCGCUCAUAUAUUCUCUCUUUCUCAUAGUCUCUUGCUCACAGUCUCUCUCUCUCGCUCUCUCGUGUUCUCUCUCUUAGUCUCUCUCUCUCUCAUAGUCUCUAUUCUCGUUCUCAUAGUCUCUCUCUUAUAUUCUCUCUCUCAUAGUCUGUCUCUCGUAAUCUCUCUCUCUCAUAGUCUCUCUCUCCAUCAUAUUCUCUCUCUCUCUCAUAGUCUCUCUCUCUCUCCAUCAUAUUCUCUCUCUCUCUCUCUCAUAGUCUCUCUCUCUCUCUCUCUCU